AUGAAACAGAACUUAGGGCUUUUACUUCUAUUCGUAGUGGCAUUCUCACUUCUAAGUACAAAUGUAAAUGGAGGUCUACUUAAGAGCAAGAAAAACAAGGAUAUCAAUUAACAUGAUAAGGAGGCGAUUAAGUUCUGGCUUUCAGGCUUGAGAGGAUUCUGGCAAGGGUUCUAUAAGGAGUUCUACCACGGCAAGUAGAAGCUAGACGCCAAUUGCCUUUCGGACAACUCAGACAAGCACAUCUAUGAAGUACUGCACUUCUUGUCCUAUGGAGAGCUCUAUGAAGUGUUCCAGGUAGCAGAUGCAAUCUACAAACUCUACCAAGAUAACGCUGACAACUGUGGAGUCCAAGCUACUUUCUAGUAGGUUGUGAAUUAAUGCAGCACUAAAGGAGAGAACAAGUGUGGUAUUUCUAAUAUUCUAAAGAAUGGACAGAAAAGCGUAUUUAAGUUGGUGCAUGCCUCAGAAUCCAUAGUGGAAACUGUCAAAGAAUUCAAGCCAACUAAUGCUGAUGAAUUCUUUGAAGAUAUGUUUGAACUAGGAUCAGAACUAGCAGAAACCAUGGACGCUUUACUUGGCUUAUGA